AUCAACCCAAAAAAUCCAACAGAAAACUAGUAGUACAAUAUUGCAGCAGGAGUAACAUUCCAAGAUUCUGCCGUUAGUUAUUGGCAACAGCAAAAAUGUCCGUAGCCUUAUCUCAGCAAAGCUUCCUCGCCAACGCCCUCAGUGCUCCACCGACCCACAAACCCAAGACAAGGGUUCUCCAUUCUGCUAAAUCCAUCUCAUGCAGGUACCCACCUGAUGACAACCAAGAUUCUCCAAGGAAGAUUGACAACCAGUUGGCUAAGCUGGCAAUAGUGACACUGGCAGCUGGGGUGUUGACGCUGGGCUCAGUUCAUGAUGCAUCUGCGGCCAAGACUGGAGGAAGAGUUGGCGGCCAGGCUUUCCGGCCAUCGGCUCCUCGGUCAGCACCUAGAAUCAACAAUAAUUCGAGUUCGAGGACCAACAUCUACAUUAAUCCUCCAGUUGCCCCACCUUUAGUUGGUGGGUAUGGUUAUGGCUAUGGUGUACCAUUCUAUGGUGGCUGGGGUUGGUCACCAUUUUCAUUCUUUGCUCCUGGUCCAAGUGUUGCCGUUGGCGUUGGAGGUGGAUUUGAUGUCCUAGCUCUGUUUCUGUUUCUUGGUGCUGUAGCUGCUGUUGUGAGGAGAUUCAUCGGAUCAAGAGAUGAUGACAGUGAUUACUAGUGCAGAGAAAAACUUUUUUUUAAUGUUGGAGUAGAAAAAUAUAUAUAUGUUUCACUUGUAGCAUCUUCAGCAGAUGCUCUUAAACCUCCAUAUUGUGUAUAUUUAACUAAUACGAAGCAAAAACCCGGUCUUGUCUUCUCGUUAUCUAAAAUACAUAUUUUUCUUUUUAA